AUGGAAAACAAAAAGGUUCUUUAUGUAAUAGAAGGGCUCUUUUGUAUUUUCGCACUUGGCUUGCUGUAUUGAAAGACACGAGGGCCUCCAAUGAAAUUUUCCACUAUAAAGCUCCUUGAUAAAGCUUCCUUGAUAAGAGUCCUUAACCAAAUACGCCAGGCAUUUUCAGAAAACUUUGCAACACUGCUGAAGCUGAAUCGUAGGAAACGGAGAAAUCUGCAUCGAGGAGGAAGAGAAUAUAGGAUUUGCAUAAGGGAUUUAAAAGACCAUGCCAGGAGGGCUAAUGAAAAAGCGUUUGCAGAUGUUCUUGAACGUUCACGGUUAACUGAGGAAAUAUUAAAUGAUUCUUAUAACCAUAUGGAAAAUGACCCUGAAGUUGCUUUGGCGUUUAGUAAAGUAUGCACAGUUUUAGUUACAAAUGUAUCGCCAUUGCUGAAUCCAGCGAGGCUGACUGAAAUAAUGCAAUUUACUAUAUCAAAAUCUAAGGAGAUAAAUGAAGAAGAUCCUAAUGAACUGAAUAUUAAGAUGAGGAUGCUCGAAGAUGAAAUUUUUGAUGAGUUUGGGUUUGAGCCUGAAGAAAUUGAAGCUGGGGUUGGUAAGUACCCGAACGAACUAGGAAGUUUGAUACAACAAAUUAGAGAAAUCAAUAAUUAUCUGCUAGAGGGCACCAAUGAGGAUCUUUUUUAA